UUGUCCUCUCAAUUUAUUUUGCAGAAACAGUAACUAACCAACAAUGGAAGUCACUCUCUUGUACGCUUCUCUUGCUCUGUUUCUCUUCUUCCUCAUCCGGAAAUACUCGUCGGGAAAAAGCUACAACCUCCCGCCGGCGCCGGCGCCGCCACUUCCGUUCGUUGGUCACCUCCACCUCCUCAAACUACCGCUCCACAGAACGCUCCACCGCUUCUCCCAGACGCGCGGCCCGAUUUUCUCGCUCCGGCUCGGCGCCCGCCGCGUGGUGGUGGUGUCGUCGCCGAAUCUGGUGGAGGAGUGCUUCAACGCGAACGACGUCGUCUUCUCCAACCGGCCGCACAUCCUGGUGGACAAGUACAUCGGCUACGACCACACCACCAUGUCCGGCGCACCCUACGGCCACCACUGGCGGAGCCUCCGCCGCAUGGGGGCCCAGGAGGUGCUCUCCUCCGCCCGCCUCAACGCCUUCUCGCAGAUCAGGCAGGAAGAAGUGCGGCGGGCGCUGCAAACCCUAGCCCGCAGAAACAACGGAGACGGCGGAAAACUCGAUCUGAGGCCGAAAUUGUUCGAAAUGAUAUUCAACAUGAUAAUGAUGAUACUCGCCGGAGAGACAUACUCCGGCGAGGAAAAGGACGAUGAAAAAUUAGGGCACCAAUUUCAGGAAAUGGUGAGCGAGGUUUUCGAGGACGCUUUAUCGGCGAAUCCAGAGGAUUUUGUGCCGAUUUUGAAGUGGAUUGAUUACAAAGGACUGUCGAAGAAAUUGGAUGCUCUGGGUAAAAGGCUGGAUGAUUUCUACCAGGGUUUGCUGGCGGAGCACCGCCGUGAGAGGAGGAAUACGAUCAUCGGGCAUUUGCUAUCUCUGCAGGAAUCCGAUCCCGAAUUCUAUACGGAUCAAACGAUUAAAGGAUUCAUCACAAACAUGAUAAUUGCGGGCACAGACACAUCGGUGGUGACUAUAGAAUGGGCAAUGUCCCUAUUGCUCAACCACCCUGAAGCCCUCCAAAAGGCCAAACUCGAGCUCGACUCACAAAUCGGCAACAACCGUCUAAUCGAGGAACAAGAUCUCCCGAACCUCAACUACCUCCGCCACGUCAUCUCCGAGACGUUCCGGAUGUUCCCAGCGGGGCCCCUGGUGGUCCCACGCGAGUCAUCAGCCGACUGCACCGUCGGUGGGUACCACAUUCCACGUGGCACAAUCUUAAUGGUGAACGCGUGGGCCAUUCAUAGGGACCCCGAGGUAUGGGCGGACCCCACGAGCUUCAAGCCCGAGAGAUUCGAAGGGAAGUUAGAUCAGGUGGAAUUGGCGCAUAAGUUGAUGCCGUUUGGGGUAGGGAGGAGGGGUUGCCCGGGGGCAGGUCUAGGGCAGCGUAUGGUGGGGCUGUGUUUGGGGUCGUUGAUUCAGUGCUUUGAGUGGGAGAGAUUGGGUGCGGAGGAAGUUGAUUUGGCUGAAGGUGCUGGGCUCACCAUGCCUAAAUUGAAUCCACUAGUUGCUAUUUGCAGACCAAGAGAAAUCAUGCUCAAAGUUCUUCAUGAAGGCAGCACCUAAUUACUAAAAAUUAAAUAAAAUAUGUUUGUAUAUUCCUCGUACAAUUAAUUUAAGGCUGCGGCUAUAUGCAAUACUAAUUUCACUUGUGCAAGAC